AUGGUUGGACUAUCAUCAAUUGAGUUGGCCAAUCCAUGGGCAGUGGCCAGACAUGACCAUCGAGCGACACACAAGAAAAUGGAUAACGCGGCUGAUAAAGAGAUGAACGACCGUGAAGAAGCUAGGUCUGUGUCUUCAGCGUCUGCCUCUGCAGCGACCGGAGAGUCUACGCCAGUUACUCCAGCGCUCUCACCAACCGACAAUAAUAUCAAAAGUGCGGAGACCAAGGCACAAGACAUGGAUCAGUACAUCGCUCUUGGCUGCCUUCACAUCGAGCACCCUAUCGAUAUCAUAUCAGCUUCACCAUCGAGUGGCGAUUGGAUUGAACUACUGUACCGCGAACUUCCGGACGAAGUCAAAACAGUUAUUGGCACAGAAGCAUCGAGACUGUUGGAAGCCCGCUGGAUUCGCUUGUUUUUCCAUAAUAAAACGCUCAACAGCGCUUCUCUUCGAAGUCUCCUCCGCGUCUACUUGUUACCAGAAGACUGGGGUCGUCGAUUUAUCGACCGGAAUAGCAAGAGUUUGAAGACGGCUUUGCGACAACUCCUACAAAAGAUCGAUAUCUCAUCGACUUCCUGGAACGGUGACUACAGGCAGGGUGAGAUAUGUUACUUUGAUCCUUGGGCCAGCGCAGAACCGUCCUCGUUGUAUUACCUGUUCAACAAGCUACCAUCCCCUGCGCCAAAUUUAGCGGCAAUCAAGUGUCGUUAUACACGUGCUGCUGUACAAGACGUACUAGAAUCUGCAGCGGUAUCUGAGUGGUCGGAUCUUGGCGAACAGGCGCUGCCGGGGCUCAAAACCAGGCUUUACGCUUAUCAGACACGUUCGGCGAGCUUGAUGCUGCAACGAGAAGCCUCGCCACAGUUGCAGCUUGAUCCACGGUUGGAGAUUCGCACCGCACCAAACGGAAAGAGGUUUUACUUCGGGGCUCGAGAUGGAUCAUUUUUGCAGGAGCCGCGCUACUACGAAACGAACCGUUGCGGUAUUCUAGCAGAAACUAUGGGCUUAGGAAAGACAGUCAUCUGCCUAGCUGUUAUAUUGGCAAGUAAAAACCAUCUUCCUAGAAUGCCCGCUGCAUACCGGCCAGUACCUCCUUCCCGAAAUCGACCUGGAUCAUUGGCAGAUAUGGCGAUCUCCGCCGCGGGCCGGCAUUCUAUCCCAGCCAAAGCUUUUUUCGAGCAAUCUGAGGCAAACGGUGCGGGGGAUAUGACGAGGUUCAUGGAAGCUCUUGACCGAGACAUCCCAUUCUAUGAGAUACCACCAGAUCUCCCACGUAUGAAUAGGAACACCCGCAUACCACUACCGCGCCAAUUGGUGCUCUCUUCCGCUACCAUCAUUAUUGUGCCUCGGAACUUGCUGCAUCAGUGGCAGUCGGAGAUACAGAAGCAUGUUCUUCAAGGUGGACUGAAGAUCCUCGUGGUGGAUUCUGUGCCCAAGCGCUCAAGUAAGGCCAAGAUAUCUCAACAACCUAACGAGACUAUGGAGUUCCGGAGCGAAUUGCCAGCUCCUACCGAACUCAUGAAGUUCGAUGUGGUUUUGUUUACUCGCAACCGCUUCGAACAGGAGAUACAGGACGGCCAAGACGAACUUGGACGACGUAUGGUCUCGGGUGUCUCUCGUGUUUGCAACUGCCCUUACAUAGGAGCAACCAGGAUACCCGAUUGUAGCUGUGUUGACACUGAUAGAGUCUACGAAUCCCCAUUGAAGAAGAUACAUUGGCUACGUAUCAUCAUCGACGAAGGCCAUUCAUUCUCGAGCUCUGUUUCGAAUGCUGUACUGGUUGCUAAACAGAUACAGGCCGAGAGACGCUGGGUUGUGUCAGGGACACCUGCGAAGGAUCUAGUGGGUGUGGAGGUGGAUAUGUCCACAGUUGACGUGGAAAGCGACCAUGCUUUGCAGCGCGAGCUCGCUAUCGACCAGAGGAAAUCGUUCGAGUUCAACGCAGAUACCAAAGCUGCAAAGGCUCUAGGCAUGCUCGCUUCAAACUUUCUCAUGGUCAGACCUUGGUGCGACAACUCUGAAGCUAGACUCGAUUGGGACGAAUACAUCUACCGUCACGAGCACCACUACAGAAAGACCUACUCCGGAUUUUCAUCGUGUUUUAGCCGAACGCUGGAAGGCUUGGUCGUGAAAACACGACCGGAAGAUGUUGAGAAAGAUAUCAUUUUACCCCCGAUGAGACACCGGGUUGUCUAUCUCAAGCCAUGUUGGUUUGAUAAAAUGAUAGCCAACCUCUUCGUUCAAGUCCUCCGAGCGAACGCCAUUACAAGUGAAAGGACAGAUGUCGACUACCUCUUUCACAAAAACAGCGUCAAAGCCCGUCAUAGCCUCAUCAGGAAUUUACGUCAGUCUAACUUUACAUGGACUGGAUUCAGUCUUUCUGAUGUAGUCUCCACGCUUGAGACUACUCACAAGUACCUUGCGAAAGAGGACAAAAGUUGCUCCCUUAAUGACGCAAAAUCCCUCUUGGAGAGCAGCCAAGUCGUAUCAAAACUUACAGCUUCCGCCGAAUGGAUGGCAUUGAGCACAUCUCAUGAGGUAGGCGUAGCUGUCGAGAGUUGGCCAAAGGAGGCUCAAGAGGCUUUCGCACUUGUUUACCCGGCGAAGCCUAUCAUGAUCGGAGCCACACAACUCAUUGAAGGUCAACUUUAUGUCGAUAGCAGCAUACGCUCGCUGGAUCCCGCUGCCGGACUGGAGGCUGUUGGGUAUGCUGCGAAAGCAAAGGCUAUCGCGAUGGCUGAGGAAGAGAGCAAGGCCAAAGAGUCGAGCGAGGGUAUGGUCGAUGGCGCGCCCUUGCAAAGGACUGGAGUUCCAACUUCGUUGGUGCAGCCACUGACUAGUCGACGGGCAUCGAUUAUUACAAGCAAAGCUUCUCCUCCAAAAACAACAGGAGCCAAGCCCGCAAAUGGCAUCAAAGAUCACAUAGACAGUGCAUCACCUAUUCGCUCGAAGAAACGAAAGCUCACCUUUGACGACGAGACAGCGGAACUUGCCAAAGACUCGAGUCUGCGGAACACACGUAUCGUGGGUACGACGUCAGCCAAGCUUACCUAUCUCUUAGAUAAGGUGAUGAAACAUCAGGCGGAAGAUAAAAUUAUCAUCUUCUAUGACGGGGAUAACGCGGCGUUCUAUAUUGCCCAAUGCCUCGAGUCGAUGUAUGUCAACCACCGCAUCUACGCCAGAACACUGAACAACACUCUACGAUCUGAGUACGUACGCUUAUUCAACGAGGAUCCUGACGUUCGUGUCUUGCUCAUCGACGUCGCGUGUGGUGCUCUGGGGUUGAAUCUGAAUGCGGCGAGCGUUGUGCUCAUCGUGAACCCAAUCAAUAGGCCUAACAUCGAGGCCCAAGCCAUCAAACGAGCCCAUCGCAUUGGACAGACGAAAGAAGUGCUCGUUGAAACUCUUGUUCUUGAAAACACGAUUGAGCAUGCAAUCUUCGAUCGCGCGAAGAAGAUGUCUCGUGCUGAUCAUCAAGAAGCCAAAGAGCUUGAGGACGAUGCUGGCAUCGUUGAGAUUAUUCAGAACGCCCAGAUACUGUCUGUAGGGGACGACGAGGGCGAAGGCGUCUCAAGCUUCGCACUAUUGCAGACACCGCAGCAAGUUUUUGGGCGCCCGAACCGGCACAGGUACCAUCGGUAUGGAGUUGCAGAGAAGAAGACCGAAAAUGCACCGCAGAAGAAGGCAAAGACUUCCAAGGGUGCAAGAAAAGGCAAGUUGAAUAACGUGCAUGAUGCGCACAUUGCGACGACAUCCUCUGGGACCGACUCGGAUCGUGGCUUGCCACUGCGAGGGCAAACUCACGAUGGUAGUAUGUCAGCGGCUGGUGCAACCUCAUUCGCGCCAUCGGCUAGUAUCUUCGGCAAUGGUUAA